GAUGUUUGGUUAAGAAAUAAGAACAAAAUCCAUAAUUAAGCAAAACCAUUAUGCCUUUUAUGAGCCUUUGACCCCAUUGUUGUCACAUCUACUUCUGUCUUUCCACCUCUGUCUGAAAAAAGAGAGGACCCUUUCCUCUGUUUUUUUACUUUUGUCAUCUAUCAAAGUUCAACUCUGAUAGAAGCAUGUAAGAAUGACAAGGAAUAGAAGAGAUAACAAAGUCUCAGUUCAUGGAAGUGGUCAGAACGGCGUCGGUUGGAACAAGCUCAAGCAUUGGUCUACGUCUUGGACAGGUUCUGUUCUCUUCUGCCUCACUUCUUUUCAUGUGCUUCAACGAUGACGACGACUUCUACGCUUACACUGCCUUCUGCUAUUUAGUUACAGUGAUGGGUUUAGUGACACCAUGGAGCGUUACGUUAGCCCUACUUGAAGCGUACUCCAUCAUCGUUCAAAGACUUCCUCUGCAAGCAACAGUUUUAUCUGUCAUCGUCUCUGGAGACUUGGUUUUGUCGUUUUUAUCGCUGGGAGGUGCAUGCUCAACGGCGAGCGUGACCGUAAUUUUGAUUGGUGCUGGAGAGAAGCAUUGUGAUCGGUACAAGUUAUCGGCGACAAUGGCGUUCUUGUCUUCGUUUCUUUCCUUUGCUUCCACUUUCUUUAACUUUCGUCUUCUCCCUUCUCUAUUUUCUAGUUAGUCAGAUUUUUGUUUCACCAGUUUAUAGUUAUUUCUCUUUUUAUAGUUCAGAGAAACGUGAUAAAAUUGUAUCUUUGUAGGAAAAUAAUAUAUUCGAAUUGUUUCUCAGUGCAUACAUUAUAGGAUUCGUAUUCUUAGAUAUCCUAAACUCGCACCAAUGUUAUAGUUGUACUUUGGAUCCACUUAUCUUUAGGUACUAAAACAUAGGUCUAGUUUUGAAAUCUUUUUUACGAUAUUUUAAAACCCUACAUUCUGUAUUUGUUUAAUUCAAUUAGCAAAUGUCAUAUCGGAUGCCCCAUUAGAACACUGUAUUUAUAGAAAACUGUUGUAGCAUUUUAACUGUAACAGUUUUGACCUUGUUUCUUGUUAUAUAGUACAUAGUUGGUAAAGCUUAUUGCAGAAUUGCACAUGUGUCUACCGAAACUUUCUAAACUAUAUCUGCACCAAACUUAUCAAAGAAAACUAAUAGUGACAUAAAACAUAACAAUUAAAAGCCAGGAAAGUAACUUUUUUAAUGACAAAAUAAAAGCUUAUAAUUUGCGUAAUACGGUCCAACUAAUAGUGAAGUAAUCAGAUUGUUUUUUAUUAAAAAGUAAUCAGAUUCUUAACAAACAAGUUUUGUCAAACACCCAAGCUCAACUGUGAGCCAUUAGUAGGUCAAAAUCUUUGUAAUCAAAUUGUUUACAUAUAGUUUUGUCUUUUUUUUUGGUAAAAUUUGGUACAUAUAGUUAUUAGUUCCAAAAAGAAAAUCAUAUUCAGAUUUUAAAGUGAGACUCAAUAAUCAUUUUCAAUUAACAACAUCAAUUUAAUAUGAUUAAACUAUGAUACCAUCAUACUAUUAGAUUACCCUGAUCAUGAUGUUGAGAAAAUGUAUAUUUCUCUUUCUAAUACAAUAGACGGGAGGGAGGCAUAUAGACCUGAACUAUAUCCUAAAUCUUAAGUGUCUGACACAAAUGCAUCGGGUUUGCAAAUAUGUGGAUCUGAAUUUUAAAAUAUGUAUUUAUAUUAGCAUACAUACAGAUGAAUCCAAUUAAUCAGAAAAUAAAUUGUACAAUUUCAUUUUAUUUGCUUAUAGAUGAGAACCGAUUUUUGGAUAUUAAAAUGUUCAGUUUUGUUUAUUAAACCCACCUGCUUGUUCAAGUGCAUGCACAUACAGAUUCACGUGAUCCGUACGUAAGUUCCUAUAGAUUUUAUUAGAUACCCAAAUCAAUACAUAAACAAUUUUCUUAAAAAAUUAACAUCAUAUUAAAUCAAUCUUUUUAGAAGUAAGUUUUACUGCAAAAAGCUAAGUUAUAAACCUGUUUAUGUAAUAUUUCAAAUAUUUUGUAAGUGAUCAAUCAAAGGAGAGGAACCCAUUUACUCAACCGAAGUGAGAGUGGUUUUUUAGGGGGGGGGGAAUGAGAGUGUUUUAAAAUGGCUUUUUUAUAAGAAAGUAGUAAUUAAAAAGACUAAAAAUGAACAAUUUUUUUUUUAUAUUACUCUAAAUUUUACAUAUCAAAAUUAUUGAUAUGCAUAUAUAGAAUGUUGGGAAAAAUCAAGACCAAAACAAUAAUAGUCGAUACUUCUAUGACCCAUUUAAUCUAAAGCGCCCAUAACUAACUAAAAGAUAGAGGGACCCAAGACAACCUUGCAUGAUGAUGAAACUUUGAUUCUAAAUUUCUAUGUAAGUUAUAAGGUGGGAAGUUUCAUCGUAAUGAAGAGUGUGAGCUUUUUUCAAUGUAUCUAAACACACAAAACAAGACCCCAAAAAUCAAUAUAUUCCAUAUCGUAUGAAACAUAUCUUUUAGCUUUAGAAAAUAAUUAAAAAUUGAUCAUUUGGAUAUUUCAAGUACGUCAGAUAAUAAGAAACUCCAAUAAUUUUUGUUUAAAUAGUAUCGUAAAUUAUACAAGUCGACAUAUAAAUAAAAACAUGCAGGGACCGCCAUGAUCAGUGCUGAUUGUUUUUAACUAAUUCCUUAUGAUUAGUUAUUCUGAUGUGAGUACAAAUCAUUAGUAAUCCAAUAGAGUACUGGUGCACAUGUUAAACGGGAGCUUUCACCUCUUCGAUCCAC